AUGGCGAAUUGCUUUGGUGAAGUAGUAGACAACUGCAAGUUGGAUCAAAUGGUGAGGUACGUGGGCAAACCCAAGACGCAGGAAGACCGAGCACGAGAGGCGUGGAAUCUAAUGAACGAGGACAAGAAGAAUGAGAAGGCUUACAGGUAUGUGCACGGUGUCCAGGCUUGGUACGAUGAAGCUGAACUUUCCACGUUGUGCGUCGUCUAUAACGCAACCGGUGACACUCUCUACUACGUCACUGAUCACGACUGGUGUGGUAACCUCGGUCGCACUCCCUACCCUACCGAGAUCGGCAACGGCCAGUGGGCUGCCUUCCACCACAUGCACCCGAGUUCUCUUCGCGCAGGUUCACAAGCGGCUGCCGUGUACCGCGCCAAGAACAGAGAUGGCAUCGACCUAGACUGUGUGCUUGCCUGGAGUACCCCAUACCUCUGGCCCAGAAACAAGAUCGACACAUCGGACAUGGAGGAAAAUGCUCAUUGGCCACCAUUUUGGGGUCCGUCGCCAUAUUUCUAUCACUGA